AUGCGACAGAAACGAGCCAAGUCGUAUCGUCGGCUGGUGCAUCAGUAUGUGCUGCACUACCGAUUUCGCGAGCCGUUUCAGGUGCUCAUUGACAAUACGUUUGCCCAGGCGCUGGUGCGAUACCAAGUGCAAGAUCCGCUAAAACAAUUGGUCAAUGUAUUGCAAGCCAAAGUCAAGCCUAUGAUCACGCAGUGUUGCAUGGUCGCGCUGUAUGAGGCGGAAAAAGCGUCAGAGGGCAACGAUCUCCGGCAGGCCAAGGAUGCCAUUGCUUUGGCGAAAACUUGGGAGCGACGCAAAUGCAACCACAAGGAAGCCAUCGCCCCGGGGGAGUGCCUUGCGUCUGUGAUUGGGCCGACAAACCAGCAUCGAUACAUUCUCGCUGCGGAUGAUGCGUACAUACGUCGUGCUCGGCGUCGCACUGUGCCUGGCUUGCCACUCUUGCAUUACUCGCAAAGCGUGCUUGUACUUGAGCCGAUGAGUGAUGUCACAGAGCGCCACAUUGCCGAGAUGGAGGCCCACAAAUCGACGGUGAGUGUGACGGAGCAAAAGAUCUUGGCGCACGCUGCCGAGCCUACGCCUGCCCCUGCCCCGCUGCCUCCCAAGCGGAAGCGUGCGAAAGAGCCGAACCCACUGAGUGUGAAGAAGAAAAAGAAGGGGGAGGCAGCGCCUCCUACGACCUCUGCGACCUCGCCGCACGAGGCACCGGAGGGCUCGGAUACCAAGCGACGACGUCAUAAGAAGCGUGGGCGUGGCUCGUCCUCUGUGUCUAUCACUUCUACUGUACAAUAG